GGUCUCAUUUUGAGUUUGGAACUUUUUGUUGUUUGCUCUACUCGAAAUAUAGAUACUUGACUCUCUCCUUGACCCGGUUCCCGAAUGCUUCAUAUGCCAUCCUUUCCCCAGAAUUGAAUCCUGAAUAAUCCUCCUUUCUGACCCUCCCCUUUUGCUGCUGAUAGUCUUGAAACCCUUUCGAACAUCACCUAGCGUGUUUUUAUAUAUGCUAGGCUCUAAACAGUUAGGAAUUACUAUAGUGCACAUUAAUGAUAAUAUUCUAGGUAAUUAGGAGGUUUUUCAGAGGCGUAUCUAGGAGUGAUUAUAUGCAAAAUGUAUCAAGAUCAACCCAAGUAUUCCUAGUGAUUUAAAUAGUACUUCUAAUCUAAGUUGUAAGUAUGCAAGUACCUACGUCUUCCUAGGACAAGAUGCCAGGCAUAGUGUGUUGUCAGCGGCGUUACCCCAUUGCGGGUGACGAGUACUGGGCUACUUUGCCUCUCCGGUUCAUCAUGUACGCUGUCCUGGGGCUCUUCUUCUGGGGCUUUCGUUGGUAUGCGAUGGGAUCAACCGCUGCUGCAGUAUUCACGCCCGCGAGCAAGAAGAUCACGAUCACAUCAAGUUCUCCUAGCACUUCUGCUGGUAGUGGAGGUGGCGGUGGAACGGUCGAUAUUUUCGUAUGGAAAGCACUGCGGGAACAUGCUACUUUUGAGUGGGAUUGGCAAGCAGUGAGAAGCAGUGCGGA